AUGGCAGUUCCAGAAGAAGGAUCGGUCGUGGAGACUGGAGAUCAGGCUGCUCCCGUUGGCUGGGUCGAGCGCACGGCAUUCGACUACACUGCAAUGGCUGAGGCCGAAACAGCUGCCACCUGGGAUGGAAACGCCAGAGUUUACCAGUGGAAGGAUGAGUAUGGAGAUGUCGGUCCAGCUUUUGAAGAACUGGAGGUAGAACUGUUUGGAGAUCCCGAGUCCCGUCGGGAUCGCCAGACUGGCCUCGAUUUUUCAAAGAUCGAGCAAAUCGAGGUCAUCCAAGAAGGGCCUCAACGUAUCGAGUACAUCAAAACGUUUGCGGAUGCAGGCAUUCAUCCAGUAAUGUUGAGAAACAUUGAGCUCUGUGGGUAUGAGGUGCCAACUCCGAUCCAGAAGUUCACAAUCCCAGCUAUCCUUCAGGGAUACGAUGUGAUUGGUGUAGCUCAGACUGGUUCUGGAAAGACUGCCGCGUAUCUUAUCCCUAUCCUAAGCAAGCUCAUGGGAAAAGCGAAGAAGUUGGGUGCUCCCCGGCCAAACCCCGCCAGAUUCCAAGAGGGAGUCGACAACGUGAUCGCGGAGCCACUUGUCGUUGUCGUUGUCCCUACCCGUGAAUUGGCGGUGCAGAUCUUCAAUGAAGCCCGCAAGCUCUGCUACCGCUCCAUGCUCCGACCUUGCGUUGUCUACGGAGGAGUUCCUGUCCGCGAACAGGGCGGCCUUCUUUCUCGAGGCUGCGACAUCUUGAUUGGAACUCCUGGUCGUCUCAAAGAUUUCAUCGGACGUCCCGAAGUCUUGUCUCUCCGCCGCUUGAAGUACAUGAUCAUUGACGAGGCUGACGAGAUGCUCAACGAUGACUGGGAGUCUGAACUUCAGGCUAUUCUCUCUGAGCAAGACGUGGGAAAUGUCUACUAUGGCCUCUUCUCUGCCACCUUUCCCAAGGCUGCGCGAGACCUUGCGAAGAAGUACUUGUGUGAUUCACAUGUGCGCUUCCGAGUUGGUCGUGCCGGCAGCACCACAGAGAAUAUCAAGCAGAUGAUUGUCGAAGUCAGCCGAGAAGGCAAGAAUGAAACUCUUCUGACUCUGCUCGAAGAGAUGAAUGGUGUUCGUACCAUCAUCUUUGUCAACAGUCGUCAAGCUGCCGACACGCUUGAUGACUUUUUGUUCAAUAUGAAAUUGCCGGUCACUUCCAUCCAUAGUGACCGCACACAGGUUGAGCGAGAAGCUGCUAUGCGAGCCUUCAGAUCUGGCCAGGCUCCCAUUCUCGUCGCGACUGGCGUGACGGCCCGCGGCAUCGAUGUCCGCAACGUCAUGCACGUCAUAAACUAUGACUUACCAUCGAUUGAAUAUGGUGGUAUUGAGGAGUACACGCAUCGAAUUGGUCGCACCGGUCGUAUUGGUCACCGAGGUGUCGCGACCUCAUUCUUCACGGAGCGUGAUGAGCCCCUAGCGAGUGUACUCACGAGGACUCUGUUGGAGACUAAUCAGGAUAUUCCUGAUUUCCUUCAAGCCUAUAUCCCGGAGAAUUGGUCCAGUGGAACCAAGGUCAAGUUUGAAACCGAAUCUGACUUCGACCCAAAUGAUGUUGCAGGUGCCGGUGAGGGAUGUGGCGAUGAGGGUGGAGGAUGGAACACAGCUGAUAACGUCCAAGGCGAUUCUGGCGGGGGCUGGGGCAACUCCGGAGGAAACGAUGCUAACGAAGCUGCCAAUGCUUCUGGAGGCGGCUGGGGAGCCGACGCCGCUCAACCAGCUGCUGGAGCUGGCUGGUAA